UUUUUGUUUUAGAUUUAUGAUCAAUUAUGCAGUGAGGUUUUUAACAGCAUCUUUGUUUCUAUAUUCCUGUUGGGUCCCGUUUCAAUAUUUGGGUGGAUGGUUUUCCUAUCAUGUCAUUUUAUGCACCUUUGGGUAUUUACCCCUCAUGGCGGAAGCCAUCAUGAUGUUUGUCGGUGAUGACAUCUGGAGCAAAAACUUAAGCAGAAAAGCCAAGUAUGCUAUUCAUGGUUAUCUUAUUACGUUUGCUACUAUAAUCACAAUAAUUGGAAACAUUUUGGUCUUUGUUUAUAUAGAGAAAGGAUAUCAUCUUUAUACAGCACAUGGAAUUACUGGUUUAAUAUCCAUGAUAAUAUUAAUAAUAUCAUGCGUACUUGGUUUGGCUGUAAAUUAUCCCACAGAAGCUGGAAGGAUCAUUUCUAUACGCAACGUCACAUUCAAAUUCAUCCACAAUAUUUCCGGAAUUCUUGGAUAUGGAAUUGGUAUAAUGAGUCUCUGUUUUGGUUACUUUACUAAGUGGUUUAUAUACUUUAAUGGUGCGGAGUCGAGAUGGGCAGCGCUAAUUUUAACGAUAUUGGUUUCAAUCUGGCCACUUAAUGGAGCCAUAGUUUCAUUGUACAAUCAAUAUAAAGCAGUAUUAAAAGGAAAUCAGAGUUCCACCUUCCUCUACACCGCCAUCUUCGGAAGAAAAUGUUGUAUAAAUAAUUGCUCAGAUAAGGGUUUAUAUUUUAAGCUGAUUAAGGAAAGGAAACCAUACAGAAAUGUUUAAAAACAGUAUUUAAAUAUCCAAUAUUUCUACUAAAUGGCAGUGGAAGAAAUAUCAUUUGUUGAUAAUAUAAAAUGCACAGAUUAAAAGAAAAAACAUAAUUGUGGAAAUUUAAGUUAGGAAUAUUGAAGUAAUUAAUUUUUCAUGUUUACAAGAUUACGUUUUUUUAACGGAUCUUUUUCCAAUUUCACAUAUGCCCUCAUUAACUGUAAGGUAUAAAGGAGAGACUAUUUCGCAUAUUUUUGAAGAGAAUUAAUCUAUGUAUAAUGAAUAACUUAAACUAAAAUUAAAUUGUAACCAUCGUAACCAUCAGUGAGGUCUACAGAAAUACAGUAAAAUCUGUAAAAACUUUUCCUGGUGCCAAUGUUCCAUCUGAUUACAGUCUGCUGUUGGCCGAAUUAAAAUUAAAGCUUAAACGGAUAAAACAACAGCGAUCUUCUAACAAACUGGAUAUUGAUUUUAUUAGAAACAACGGCUAUGUGAUUUUAAACAAUUUACAGAACGAUUUUGAGAAUAACGAACAGAAGAAUCCAUUGAGCGUUAUUGGAACUGAAUCAAAACGAUUAUAAAUAGCUCAACCUCAAACUUGUAAGAUAACAAUCGAAAAAGGCAACAGUGGAUGAAUGAUGAGAUUUUGAAUUUAAUGGACAAAAAAAUGCAAGUUUAACAAUCAAAAUGUCGGAAUUUAUAAAAGAAUUAAUAAAGAGAUAACGACAAAAAUACGAGCUGCAAAAGAAAUAUACUUCGAAAAUAAAUAUUUGGAAAUUGAAGAGCUGAUAAACACGUCGAUAUUAUCACUGAUUUGGAUAAAAUAGACAGAUGG